UUGUGAAUGGAAUGAGAGCUCUUGAGAAAGUAUAAAAGAGGAAGAGCGACACGAUAGCAGCUUGGCUUACAGAGGGUUUCUUUUUUAAAAUUGUUGAGGAUUAUUGGUAUUGUUUUUCAUCUAAACGAUUAACAAUAUUAAUCAUCCGACAAUGGCCCUUAGCCAAACCAGUGUGUUGAAACUUUAUAAUACUGUAAUUGAUGAUGUAAUAAAUGGUGUGAAAGAUUCACUGUGUACUGAGGAAGGUGUAGAUGAAGGUGUACUAGAAGAACUAAGACAAAUAUGGGAAUCUAAAUUGAUUCAAAGUAAAGCUGUUGAGUUAAAUGCUGAUCCACCAGAACCACAACCACCUCAGAUAUUAAUACUUAAUAAAAAUAGUGGAGCCAACAAAACAGUUACUUCUAGCAAUGCUGCAAAUGUUGGUAAUCAUUUUGCUCAACAACAAAUGCAAGCUAUUUCAUCUACAACUCAAUCACAAUCGCAUCCUCAGCAACAGACACAGCAAAUAGUUCAAAGUCAACCUCAACCACAACCAAUGAGAGUUGUUCCUCCACAGACUGCUAAUGUUCCUAUUCAGCAGCAUGCCACAAUGCCAGUACAAGUUGUUUCUGCACCACCACCAGCAUUAUUUGAGAGACCAGUUCCCAUUCAAAUAACAUUACCUGGUAAUGCCAGUACAGGCGAUGGAAAACCUAAAGUCUUAACUAUUCAUGUUCCUGCAUCAGCUAUCCAAGGUAAUCAGUUAGCAACUAUUUUGACGGGGCCUGUGAUAACUGCAGCUAUGGGUUUUCCCGAGAAUGUUGCAUCGAAACUACUUCAACAGCAUGUUGAUAAAACUUUACAAGGUCAAUCAACUAUGCCCAUUGAAAUUAAUCAAGUUAUGACACAGGCAAAUAAUGUUCAGCAACAAAUGCCUGUACAAAAUCAAGGACAAAGUAAUAUUGCUCAACUUGAUGGUCAACAUGGAGACACUUCCGAAGACGAAGAUGAUGAAGAUGACGAAGAUGAUAACGAAGAUGAUGAUGAUGAUCUCGAAAAAGAUGACGAUGAACAAGAUGAUGCAGGAGCUCGAGAAGAGGAACCACUUAAUUCUGAGGACGACGUUACAGACGAUGAUCCAACAGAUCUAUUUGAUACUGAUAACGUUGUUGUAUGCCAGUAUGAUAAGAUUACGAGGAGUAGAAAUAAAUGGAAAUUUUAUUUAAAAGACGGAAUAAUGAAUUUAAGUGGUAAAGACUAUGUAUUUCAAAAAGCAAAUGGUGAUGCUGAGUGGUGAGCCAACUAGAAGACCUCGAAUUAUAUCAAAUUUUCCAUUUGUUUUUUCUAUAAUGAUUGGACCUUGGAAGAAUUAUUAAGAUUUGUUUAUAAUUCAUUAUUGCGACGUCGGAUCGCUAAUUAAAUGUGCAAAAUGAAAAAAUACUUUUGAUUAUAAAAACUUAUUAAUACAAAAAAAAAAAAUUUAGUUAGUAUAAUUAACAACGUGUGAAUAAAGUAGUCGAUGCACGGGUGAUGGAACAUAGGGGUGUCAAAUUUUGUUAUUGAUUUAUGGUUAAUUGAUUAUUCAUUAAUUAAUAUAUUGUUUUUUUUUGUUUCUUAUUUAAUUUUUUUUUGUCUUGAAAAACUAAGUUAUGUAGAUUUAAUAUUACCUGUAUGUAUAUUUAUCAUAACUGAUAUACGAUGAAAAUAUCAGUUCAAUCACUAAAAAAUUAGAUGAAUUUUUUAAAGAAAACUCGUUAUAUGUUUCAGAAAUUUCGUUCUUUUUUAAUAACACAGUUAUUUUGUAUUGUGGAAAAAAAAAACCCCUGAAUAAGUGAUAAUUGUAAGGAGUGAGGUAAUUUGAAAGUAUUUCGUUUCUUUUUUUAACUUAAAUGAUGAAAGAAACAAUUUCUUUUUUACGAUAUAUACAUUAACACCUUCCGUUAAUAAUAGUAAUAUUUAGUACUAAAUUUGAGAAAUCAGAAAUUCUAUUUGCUAAAUCCUCAAGUGCAUUGAAGUAAUUUUGUAAAUAAUCUUUAAGACAAAAAAAAGAAAGCAUGAAACUGCUAA